AUGUCUCUCCAGUUUUCUCAACAGGCACCGUGGAGGAACAACAACAUCACCUUUCUGAACAAAGAGCCUCCUGUCUCAGAACAAGGAGAGACUAUUAUAGGCUUCUACCUACUGGCUUUAGGAUGGAUGUCUUGGUUUGGAAACAGCAUUGUGAUUUUUGUACUCUAUAAGCAGAGAGCUGUCCUGCAGCCCACGGAUUAUCUUACAUUUAAUCUGGCUGUAUCAGACGCAAGUGUGUCUGUGUUUGGUUAUUCCCGAGGGAUCAUUGAAAUCUUCAAUGUCUUUAAAGAUGAUGGAUUCCUCAUCACAUCGAUAUGGACAUGCCAGAUUGAUGGAUUUCUGACACUUCUAUUUGGCCUGGCUAGCAUUAAUACCCUUACAGUGAUCAGUGUGACUCGCUACAUAAAGGGCUGCCAUCCAGACAGAGGGCAUUGCAUUAGCAACAGCAGCAUCACUGUGGCCCUGGUUCUCAUCUGGAUAGCAGCUUUCUUCUGGUCAGUGGCUCCAAUACUUGGAUGGGGCAGUUAUACAGAUCGCAUGUAUGGCACAUGUGAGAUAGACUGGGCAAAAGCCAACUUCUCCACAAUCUACAAGUCCUACAUUGUGUCUAUAUUUAUCUGCUGUUUCUUCCUACCUGUGAUUGUCAUGGUCUUCUCAUACGUGUCCAUCAUCAAUACUGUCAAGUCAAGCCAUGCACUAACUGGAAUGGGUGAUCCAACAGAUAGGCAGAGGCGAAUGGAGCGAAAUGUCACUCGGGUUUCUAUUGUCAUUUGCACAGCCUUUAUUAUAGCAUGGUCUCCAUAUGCUGUCAUCUCAAUCUGGUCUGCCUGUGGCUACUCUGUGCCCAAUCUAACCAGUAUCUUUGCCAGUCUGUUUGCCAAGUCUGCCAGCUUCUACAACCCCAUUAUCUACUUUGGAAUGAGCUCCAAAUUCCGAAGGGACAUUUUCAUCUUGCUGCAUUGUGCUAAGGAGACUAAGGACCCCGUGAAGCUCAAACGCUUCAAAAACCUCAAGCAGAAGCAGGAGCCUUCUCCUUCUCAGAGAGAAGAGAAAUAUGCAGCGGCGGUCCAGCCUGCACCCAGUCCUGAUUCUGGGGUAGGGAGUCCAACCAACACUCCACCUCCCAAAAACAGGGAAGUGUAUUUUGGUACCUUUGAUUCUGCAUCUACCAACCCUGAUAUUGAAUGUGAUAGACUGUAA